UCUCAAUACGUCUCGCAUGAGUUUUAGUUUUGUGUCUGAUGUUCUGAUUCUGUACCCGAAAGUGGAUCGAAAUGGAGUCACCUCACAUGGACGAAAAAUCCAAGUUAGCGCUGAAAGAGUUUAAAGAACGUGUUCAAGAUUGCAAGCUGGUCGACCCGAGAGAUGAAUAUCUUUUAAAAUGGCUUGUCGCGCGUUCUUUCGACAUCGACGAAGCAGAGAAAAUGCUACGUGCGUCGUUGGCAUGGCGACAAGCGAAUGGAGUGGACGAUGUUGUCAAAAACUGGACUCCACCCGAAGUUAUCACCAAAUAUUUUUCUUUUGGAAAAUUAGGAUACGACAAAUUUGAUUGCCCCGUGUUCAUUAGCGCUCAUGGUCAGAUGGAUUUACGUGGAAUUCUGCAAUCGGUCACGAAGAAAGAUUACAUGCGAUAUCAAAUGUACAUGACAGAAAUAGUGAACCAGGAAAUGCGCGAAGAAAGCUUCCGCACAGGAAAGAACACUGCCUGCCAAAUGACAUUUAUCGCUGACAUGGCAAAUCUUUCAAUGAGGCAAAUGACCUACAAGCCAGUCAUGGAAACAGGAUUGGAACAAACGAAAAUCUACGAGUUGAAUUACCCUGAAAAUCUUCGUCGAAUUUUUAUCAUCAACGCGCCCAAGUUGUUUACCGUCAUCUACAACAUUAUGAAGCCAUUCCUGCAUCAAGCCACCAUCGAUAAAAUGAGGAUCUUCGGCAGCGACAAGGAGGAAUGGACUGCUGCUCUACAAGAGGAAAUAGAAGCCGAUUCGUUACCUGUACAUUACGGAGGCACUAUGGUCGAUCCCGACGGUGAUCCCAAAUGUCCCAGCAAGUUCAACAUGGGCGCAGAAGUUCCCUAUUCGUAUUACAUGAGUAACAGUGCACCUGUGGCUAAAGACUACAUGGAAACGUUAAAUUUAAUCGCCGGUGUAGGUGGUUGGAAGAAAUUAAAAUAUAAAGUCGACGUUGAAAACUCAAUUUUGAGAUGGGAAUUUAUGACGGAAGGAGGAGACAUUGGCUUCCGAGUCUAUUACAAGAGUCCAGAAGAGGGCAGUGAAGAUUUGGUGCCUUUCAGCCGAAUAGAGAGUCAUCUGGUCACCGAAGAAGGCGAAAUCAUUUGCACCAGGACAGGGAAAUACGUGAUCAUGUUCGACAACACUUUCAGCAUUUUACGUCCGAAGAAACUGCGUUAUUACAUCGUUGUCGACCCACCGGCACCCGGAAGUCUAACAGCUGUCGCGAGCAGCUGAGAAACACGCUCGAUAAUCGUCAAGUGUUUUUAUUGUUCAGUCAUGACUCGACACAGCUGCAAAGUUUAAUUCUUAUCAUACUGGGCAAUGACUUGGCGAUAUCAUAUUUCAGUUCAAAGUGUAAUACAUGUUUAUAAAUAAAUAAACAAAUGACAAGUUCA